UGUGAUAAAAGAUUUCUUACGCUUUCUGCUCUGUUCGAGCAUCGUAGAAUUCACGAGCCUCAGUGUGAUCUCACCUGUAAGGUUUGUAAUCGAAUCUUCGUCUCCAAGCAUGCUUAUGAGGUUCAUUCAAGGAUGCAUGUCCGGCAGCGUGACUUCGUCUGUUCUGUUUGUGGAGCAUCCUUUUGCCAAUUCAAAGCUCUAAAACGGCACUGCUUUGACGUUCACGCAUUUACUCUAAAAGAUACCAUAAUAUCUAAGGCGUUCGAUGAUAAUAUUGACCCAGAAAAAUCAAUAACUACAUAUACUGGAAAUGAUUACCUGGAAGCCUUAAAACUUGACACAGACGACGAGAACAUCGAGUAUACGGAUGCAGACAAGUCCAGAACAACUGAUCAGUCGGUAGGGAAGCGAUGCAGAUCUCGCUUAAAAGAUCCGAGUGAUGAUCCAAAUGAUCUUGACUGGACAGAGACCGAACAAGCAAAGCGUUUAUUUUCAGGAGUCAGGAAGCGUAAGAUUGAUAGUUCUUCGAAAUGCAGCAAUUCGCAAAAACGUAAGUUAAUGACUCGUUGUCCUUUGAUUUUAAUUUUGUUAUUGUGUUUGCAUAAAUAUGUUUAUAGUUCUUAA